AUGGCCCCUACCAGCACCACCUGGGUCUUGCUCAAGCGAAUGAUUUUCAUCGAGCACGACGCGAGCGAAACAGGAGGGGAUUCGUUCAUCGGCGGGAAGAACACAAGAGACGCCGUCCUCGCCUACCUGCGGACCUUGAAACCAGAUGCCUGCUUCGCCAAUCCACCGGAGCUGUCCUCCCUCCGCAUACUGCGGCCGAUGAAAUUCACCCCGGGGAUAUGCGGAGAUGUCACUUCCGCCUACAUCGCCAGCGGGGACAAAAAUCUCGUCGCUCUCUUCGCCGACCCUUACCGCCCCGGCACCAAUUCACAAGGAGGCUAUCUGAUCUACGACGCCAGCAAGAAUUCCCUCUCGACGAUCCCCCAGCCCCCCUGUGACUACGACCGUGAGGACGUCGGGCUUGGAGCGGUUGUCAUCUGCCUCGAGGAGGGCGCAUACGUUCUUGUCGAGCUCACCAAGGUAAGAGACUCUGAGCCCACCGUAGCCGCACUCUACACGUGGCAGUCUUCCACCACGGAGUGGGUCAUCAAGCUCGCGAGCUUUCCCCCCGAGCUGUCCUUUCCCAACCAUUUCUUCCGGGCAGGGACGUGCUUCCCUUAUCGAGGCUCUAGACUCUGCUGGGUGGAUCUGUUUAAAGGCAUGAUGGUCUGUCAUCUGGACGCGUUGCUUCAGGAUGGCGGCCGCCCAGAGUUCUGCUUCAUUCCGUUGCCUGAAGAGUGCCCGGCAUUUGACCGUGUCCAAAUGUCCGAACAGACAUAUCCACUGGAGGCGGAGGAGUUCCGUUACAUUGCCUGUAUUGGUGGCGUGAUCAAAUUCGUCACCAUGGAUGGCUAUGGCGAGCGGCCCGGCCAUGAAGUAACACUGACCAUCUGGACGCUGUCGCAGAACCUCUGCAGUUGGAAGAAAGACAAGGUGUACCAUGUCCGGGACAUCUGGAAAAGUGAGAGCCACAUCUCGUUGGGCCUGCCGGAGGUCUUGCCGUCGUUCCCGGUGCUGAGCAUGGACGAAGAAGACGUUGUCUAUCUGUUCUUCACUGACCUGAACGUGACAGAGGACGGUGACACGGAGUUCAAAGGCCAGUGUUUGAUUCGUGUCGACAUGAAGCAUAGCAAGGUCUCCCACCAUCCCAAAAGUGCAGAUGAGAUGCCAAGUCAACUCUUCAGCAGUGAAAUUCUUGCCAGUGAGUGCACUGCAUACCUACAGGGCGUGGAGGACCACCAGGUGCGGCUCUUCUUGGCGCGGCCGAGGACGAUGGUCAUGGGCAACGUGCCAGAGACGCCCAUCUACCGGUGGAUGGACCAGUACACGACGUGCUCGACGGCACCCUUCGCGAGAAGAUCACCCGGUGGAUUGACGACGACGACGAACGAACCUCGUCCUCAACAUGUGUGA